AGAGAAAGGGAAAAUGCCCGCAAUCGGCGUGCAGCCAGUUGUAGAGGUGCAGGCACUAAUAUUACCUCGUUUCCACGUGCUGCCCCCCGUCGUAUCUCUUUGAUGAGAGAACCUCCCCCACCACCGCCCCCAAAGCCUAAGCAACAAACUGUACUUAAAAACAUUGCUUCCGAUUCACCAAUACCGAGCAAAUAUCCACAGUCGGACUGUAAUUUAAUUAAAAAAAUCGACUCAAGCAGCACAAUAACCGCAUCCGGCCAAUAUCAGUUGCCGAACUUUUAUGUAAAUGCUAGAUAUAGUUCAGUAAAUAAUUCUAUGACCGGUAACAACAAUUACUCGUCGCUACUUUGUCAUGCCAACUCUAAUUCAAGUCCAACGGCUGUGCGUAAGCGUGAGAAACUACUUCAUCGUUUUAGUGAUGCUGCCACACUAGGCCGGAAGCUGAAGAAGAAAAAGAAUACGAAUAGAACGUGUCGUUCUAUGACCGAAGCCAUUGAGAUGCUCGCCGACCCUGUCACUGAAGAUGAAUUCUUUACUCCUUAUAGGCAGCAUAAAAACGGAAAUCGUCUAACCUAAAUUCAACAGGUUAUGGGCCCAGCGCGUUUUCAAUAAAGUUUAUUUUUUAUUCAUUCCGAAAUAUA